AUGGCAUCCACUGUGUCUUUUGCCACAUUUAACACUCUUAGCGACACCGAUGAAACGGUCCGAAAAGAUUUCAACCGUGUCUGCGCAGAUGUAAACGAAUAUCUGGAGUACCUUGCCGAUAUUUUGGAAGACGAAGUGGAAGAAGAGAGUGACGACGAGGUGGCUCCAAGCGUCCAAAGGUUUCUGGCAGAAUAUCAAGAAUACUUAACCACCAACAAAUCCAACUCUAUACUUUGCUCUAAAAAAGAUGAUAUCGAAUCGGACGAAGAGAGUGACUGUGGUGCCUCUACAAUAUCGUUCGCCUCCUCCUCAAAAUAUACCGACACCACUUUCGUCGAAUCUCCAUUGAGCACCUCUCCCAACGAGAAAUAUUGCUUCUCCGCUGCUUAUGCCGGCUCGACGUUUUCAUCACAGGAUCCAUCGAAAACAAUGGCAAGGCGAAGUUCUGUGGCGUCACGAAUGAAGCGAAAGAAUAGAUUUCACCCUAACCUGUGGAAAUAUUCUUCGAUAUCCACGUGCAGUAGUUUGGAUAUGACGCCAAAAGCUUUGUCGCCUACAAACUUAUCUGCUCCUUCGAAAGCUUCGAUCUCCGUUGUCGAUGAAUCCAACAACGUUUUUGCAACGUUUGCUUCUUCUGAUUCAAGUGAGCAUGAUUCGAGCGAUUCUAUCAAUUCAAGUGAAACAAUUAAGUUAUUGAGGUCGCAGCUAAAUGAAAUGAGGGAGAAAGGCAUUGUCAUCAAGAAAGAAGAUGCAAAUUCAUCACGUGACAUUGCUCCACUUGCGAGAUUGAUGGCAGUGUGGAGUGUGAAUAUUCCUUUCCUAUCAAUAUUUAUUCCUAAGGAAGGAACCUCGACCGUCACCACCGUCACCGCUGGUGAUGAUAAGGACGAUAAUAAUGACAAGAAAAGUGAUGAUGUAGGGAAGUCUGAAAUGACCUCCACACCGACGGAAGUUGUGAAGGUCGAUGGUAACAACAAAGUGCCACCAAAAAAUGAUCAGUUCAAACUGGUUGAACUCUUCGUAAAUAUUAUGAAAAACGCAAAGGUUAAAGUUUGA